GCGUUAAAAAUUUAUAUAUAUUUUGUAGACUAGUUAUGCUGAUCUUCCUAUUUAAGACCUUACAUAUGACAUAUCAUUUAACAGACAACUUCUGUUCGUUGGUGGAAACAAUAUGAAGUCGAAGUCUCUCUAUUUACCGGCCUUGAUUGUUGCAUUUCUUCUUGCCUCUGAAAUACCAAAAGUCCAUGGACUGUUAGGAGUGAUAAACCGUGCAGGAAAAGGAGCCUCUCAUUUAUUAAGAGGUACAGCAGGCGUUAUUGAUUCUGUUCUAAUAAAACCCACUCCACGGAGGCCAUCUACUUUGGAAUACACAAUAAAAAUGGUUGUUCCUCUAGCGAUAGCCAAGGAUAUCGGAAAGACCAAAGAGACUUCGCGAAAACCAAAUACACUCGAUAAAGACAAAGGGAAGAGUAAAUCGACGAAGAGAAACAAAAGCGAAAGUGGUGACAACAAAAAUUCAGUCGCGAAUGAUUCUUCCACAGAUUCCACAAAUUAAAAUAAAAAGAGUAGUAUCUCGACGAAGAACGAAAAAAAUUUACGUAAAAAUUGUAAAUGAAAAAGGAAAAAUAAAUAAAUUGAAAUAAUUGAAGUUUAAAUGCAAAAAUAUA